ACGUUGCGACUUGUGAUUGUGUGAUUGCAUGAUGCGGUGAGCUCGAUGACCUGUGGCUCCCCUCCCCAGACGAAGCCUCGGCAGCAUGGAUGGUGCCGCGCCAGGUUCGAGCCGUAGCAAUCGCACAAUUUCCCGCCCGCGGGUUCGGCAACUCCAGGAUCCCCUCGGCCAGUACGAGCUGCUCUCUACACAUACUACAACACACGGCGCCUUCCCAACAGCUUCCAGCCGCGUCAAACUCGCUGCGCACCGACAACGUCCAAUUUCAACCCCAAAAUGACAGAAGCAACCAACAAUCCGCUUUCCGGCCUCUGGCAGCCAACUCAACUCCAACGCCUGCACUACGGCAGCGGCUCGGUCUCCAAACACCUGCUGGACUGCCUUCCGAGCGAAACAAGCAAAGCAUUCAUCAUCACCGGCAACUCGCUGGCCACCAAGACACCGCUCGUCAAGGACGUAGAGCGGCUCCUGGGCUCCAAGCACGCCGGCACGUUCAGCAAGAUCGGCGAGCACGCGCCCGUCGCCCAACUCGACGAAGCAACCCAGAUCGUCACAAACGACAGCGCCGUCGACACCGUUAUUAGUAUUGGCGGCGGCUCGCCCAUCGACAGCGCAAAGGCAAUCUGCUACCGUCUGCACGACAAGACCGGGAGCUGGCUGCACCACAUCGCCAUCCCGACCACGCUGAGCGCAGCAGAGUGCUCCAUGAUGGCCGGCUACACGGGCUCCGACGGCGUGAAAACCAGCGUCCGCGCGCCGCAACUCGUGCCGCGCGUCGUGCUGUACGACGCCAGCUUCGCGCUGCACACGCCCGCGCGCCUCUGGACCAGCACGGGUCUGCGCGCCAUGGACCACGCACUCGAGCUUCUCUACCACCCGAGCGCGACCGAGAUGCCCGCGCGCUGGCUGUGUCUGCAGAGCGCGGCGACGCUGUUCGCGGACCUGCCGCGGUACCACGCCGACCCCAGCGACGAAGCGAACAUCACCAGACUCCAGCUCGCCGCCUUUGCCUCCCUCGCCUUCCUGGGGACUAACAUCACAGCUGGCCUCGGCUUGUCGCAUGCCCUCGGAUACGCCCUGGGCUCCCCGUAUAGCAUCCCGCACGGCAUCACGUCGUGUCUGACGCUUGGGCAUGUGGUUAAGCUCAAAGCGCAGGACGCCGGUGCCGCGCAGCAGAUCGCGCGGCUGCUGCCGUUCAUCGGCGAGACGGCGUCGGGGGACGCGCGGACGGACGCUGACAAGGUCGGGGACAGGGUGCUGCGGCUUGUGCGGGAGCUAGGGCUGGACGUCGAUCUGCGGGAUUACAAGGUCGAGCGCAGUGAGGUCCCGGUUAUUGCUAAGAGAGCUACGGGGGUGGAGAGCGGGGAUGCGUAUCAGGCUGUGGAGAAGCUGGUUCAGGGCUUGUUCGCGUGAUGCGGUGCGAGUGCGAGGCUACACAACGCGCCUAUACUGUCCUCUCACGUCUUGGAAGUCAGUGUGCUUCUUCACCGUAUGGUGAGCCGAUGUGUCGUGGCGUGUCGUCUCGUGUUCUGUUCUGUUCGCUCGGGCUGCGUACUGGCUUGUAAAUAGUAACGCAGUGCUGCUCGUCGACAUCAAUUCACUCCG